AUGUCAGAAAUUAAAGUUGAAGAACUCGCUUGUAUCUACUCUGGUCUCUUAUUACAAGACGACAACAUUGAAAUCACUGAUGCCAAAAUCAAAACUUUAUUAGAAGCUGCUGGUGUCACCGUUGCUCCAUUCUGGCCAGGUUUAUAUGCUCGUUUAUUAGCCAAAACCAACAUUGAAGAUUUAUUAUUAAAUGCUGGUUCAUCAGGUGCUGCUGCCGCCCCAGUUGCCGCCGCCGCUGCUGCUGCCCCAGCUGCCGCUGAACAAAAAGCUGCUCCAAAGAAAGAAGAAAAGAAAGAAGAAUCAGAUGACGAUAUGGGUAUGGGCUUAUUCGAUUAA